AUGCGCUUUUCCGCAGCCUCCCUUCUCCUCGGACUGAGCUGGAUCACUGCCGCCGCCGCACACAACAUCCAGCUCCGCGCCCACUCACGAGAAUGCUUCCACGAGACACUGCACAAGGAUGAUAAGAUGACUGUUUCGUUCCAGGUCGGUGACCGGGAAUUUGGAGGGAGCGGGAACCUCGAGAUUGAUUUCUGGGUCGAGGACCCCCAGAACAACCGUCAAUACUUCAGACAAGCCGUCUCGACCGAAGACUACUCGUUCACCGCGCACUCGGACGGCAAACACCACUACUGCUUCAGCAACGAGGGCUGGGCCUCGAACUCGAAGGAAGUUUCGUUCAACGUGCACGGAAUUGUCUACGUCCCGGAAUCGGAAAUGGCGCAGGAUCCCCUGGAGACGGAAGUCCGCCGACUUUUGGAAGCCCUGGCCCAGGUUAAGGACGAGCAGUCGUAUAUUGUUGUGCGCGAGAGGGUACACCGGAACACGGCCGAGAGCACGAAUGCCCGAGUUAAGUGGUGGAGUAUCUUCCAGCUUGCGGUGCUUAUUGGCGAGGGUGUUUUCCAGGUUUGGUGGUUGAAGAGAUUCUUUGAGGUCAAGCGUGUUGUCUAA